AUGGCUGACCCGAGGUUCAGCCAGAUCCAUGUGGAGAUUGAGCCUCCGGCCGAAGAGCACGAGCUCGAGCUCACUUUCGAUCCGGAGGAUGACGUCACCGAAUGGAAGCCGAACGUGGUGGUCCGAGAGCCGGCCACCGCCCACGGCUUCCGAAUUCUCGAGCCGAGGAGUUCCAGUCAGUUCCACGUCGGACAUCUGGAGAAUGGCCCUCAACAGGUGAGAGCCUUCUGGAAAUGUGAGGGCUUGGGAAAAAAAAUUUAUUAAGGUCGGCUUAAUAAUCAUCAAUAUCGACUUUAUGUGAUAUUUUUGAGAAGUUCAAUCAGUAAUUGUUUCAAAAAUUAUCGUCGAAAAAAAGCUUCCGUGUCGUAUGAUUAUUUGCCAGAAUUUUCUCGAAAAAAAUCACCUUGGAAAAAAAGUUAGCCUGGAUACAAAUAUUGGCUGAAAAAAAUUACAAGAAACUUAAUUUUGACGCUGCAAAACUCAUUCAGAUAAAUAAACAAUUUAAAAAAAGAAAUAAAAAAAUCAGAAAUGGUUGAUUUCUCACUGGCUGUUCUGUUUUUGGCUGUUUGACAAAAAAAUUCAAAAAUCUUUAAUAAAUAUUAAAACACUUCAAAAAAAUUAAUGAAAAAGGGGUAGAAAAAUAUCGAAUUCGAAAAGAAAUACUUUUUUUGUCAAAUUCAUGGAUAAUUCUACGAAUAUGACUCGAUGAAGGAAUUAUUCGAUUUUUUUUUUCUCCGAACCAAUUUUCAAUAAUAUUCUUCGCUUCUGUUGAAAUUAAGAGACAACGCGCAAAAAAAUUUAGUUAAAAAAAUCGUAAAUAUAUCAGGACUUGAAAAAAAGAGGAAAUGAAUAAGUUUUUUUAAAAAAAUAAAAAUUAUACUUGUUGUAUAUAGCCCAUUCCGCGCCAGCUUAAUUCGAUAUGAUAUUAUAAUAGUCAAAUUUUGACUUCAAAAAUCUUAAUGAGUUGCUAAAAAUCACUUUUCAGUGGCUGCAAGACGACUACGUGGAGCUGCAGGAGCUGCAGAUCGACGAGGACGUCGUUCAGAACGACGCUCUGGAGUACGACGUCGUGAUCGAGGGAGAAGCUCAAGAAGAAGCUCAACUGGAGGAUAUGCCCGACAUCACCGGCGAGCCGUUCAUCCAGCAGCCCGGCGAGAUCCCCGCCGAGCACUUCGAGCCCGUCGAGUUCUUCAUUGUCAGAUAUUUGUCCUGAAUUUCCAAGUUUUCCGCUAUGCCGCACGCGACAUCGCGAACGUCUUGCGCUAUAUCGCUCUCUGAAAAACUUUCAAAAAAUAUUCUUUUUCCAACUUGAUCCAUUAUAAAAGUCUAUGGCAGCGAGACUUUGACGAGCACACAGAAAACAUGUUUUUCCAUAAAAUCACUAGAAUUUCAAUAAUCAUCCAUUUUUCCUUUUUUUUUUUCGAAUUUUCUAAGAAAUAAAACCAUUUUUAGCCGAGAAAAGUUGGAUAAAAGUUUCAUUUUGGGUAUAUUAUCAAAAAAAUCAAAGGACUUCUUAUUUUGCAGUCGGAAGAAGAUUUCCACGCCGGGACGUCCUACGAGCUGGAGCGGCACCAGGUCGUGGAAGCGGACGACGUCAUGAUCGUCCAGGAGGAAGAAGUCGUCGAUGUGCCUCUCUUCAGAUUCGAACCAACGACGUCUUCUGAACAGACCAUGGCGGCGAAUGUGGCGCCGAGGCAACGGAGGCCGUAUUACGGGGCAAAGUGAAUUUUAUUUUGCUCCGAAAAGGAAAACGCGGAGAUGUGAAAAUUGAAAAAAAAAGGCAAAAAUUCGGCAGGAAAUGCUUGAUUGAAAAUAUAUUCGAAAAAAUGACGAAUAUAUUUUCAGAACGAUGGUGGAACGACAGAAACAAUGGACGUACAGCAAAGUCCGGGCCAUGAAUUCCUUCUCGAACCGAGAGUUGUCAGUUUAUUUCGAUACAUUCAUCGUCGGUCUUGAAACUCUAGUUCUCGUAGAUUUCUUUCGGAGUUAGCAAAUUAAAAAUGAAAAGAUGUUCAUAAGAAGGAUGAAACAGAAAAAAGGAUGAACUCCACGAUUUUUUGAAGAAAUAACUGACAAAAUCGAAAAUGCAGUUUUUAUCAUAUCCCGUGCCAAAAGAAAUUUCUUCCUAUCAAGAUUUAGUCAUCCGUAUCAGUCUCUAACGGUUUAUCUAAAUUUCGCGAGAUCAUUUUGAUCUCGAAAUGAAGUUUAGUUAGUGAAAUAAGGCUAUUUUUUUAAUAAAUUCCAGUAUUGCAGACAGCUUCACAACGCGACGGACCCAUUUUUGCCCCUGGCCAGAUCUUCCCGAAAUGUUCCGCCAGCUGCGAUGCGAAUGCACUACGCCGCCUUGAAACUCGAGAAUCGAGUUUAUAAGUUGGUUUCCCUUUCCAAAAAUUCAUUUUAAAUCAGGUUUUCAAUCUUUUUUUGAACUCCUUAAUGAUUUUCUGAAAAAGAUCCAUUAAAGUAGUUCUUGCCUCUAAAAGUUCAAUGUUUCUGUGUGAUUUUAUAUUUAGUUCCUCAUAUUUUUCGAUAGUUUCCCUUUCUUCUGUGAGAUCUCUAAAGCGGGCUUGUGCGAGGGCCGGCCCGUCAGUCUAUGACGUCCGCACGCUUUUCAAGCCUGAGUCGGCCUUAGCAAGGCCUUAUGCGAAAAAGCUCAGGCCCGACCCGAUAAGUGCAAAUAUUCUCCAAGUCAAAUAUCCUACUUUUAUACGACAAACAUCACGUUUUGGUUCUUUUAAACAAUUAAAAAAAAUUUUCGAGAAAAGUUUCGAGUAAAAAAAUAUUAAAAAAAUUUUUAUUAAAAAAAUGUUUAGAGAAUUUGAAAAACUUGUAUUCGAAAAAUCCCUCAAAUUUUUUUCCAAAGAUGAAUAUCAUUUGAGGUUGAGCAUAAAUAUGUGGAAGUAAGAGAGCCAAAGAAACAGAAAAAAUUUGAAAUAAAAGAUUGUUAUUUGAUUAUUUAUCGAUUGGCGAUGGAGCACAAAAAAGUCGCUUUUUUCUUACUUCCUCAAAGCGCUAGACAAGUAUUGAAAAAAUGAAACUGUAAUAUUUGAUAUAUAGGGACACUGAAACAUUGAACUCUUCGAGGCAAAAAAAGUGAAUUUGAAGAAAAAUUUUUUUUCAAAAAACCCUUCGCCUUUGAAGGAAUGAUUCGCAAAAUUCAGAGCCCAGCGGAACAACGUCAACGCCGUGGAACGGAUGGAAAGUGCGGUUUGUCCAAAGUCAGUGGGAGUUCUCAUUUACCAAAAUAAUUAGUUUUAGUUCAAAUUAUUUGAACGUUGAAAACUUUUAGCUCUCAAAAAAAUUUUUAAAGGAAAAAUGGCCUAGUUUGACAGGGAGUGUAUUUAUUCCAAAAAGAAAAAAAUAUGGAAAUAUGAAAAUAAUUUUCUGAAACUCUGUAAGACUUUGGCAAUUUUCAAGGACAUGAAAAGUUAUUUAAAAUCUCAGAAUUUUCUUUUUCUGUAAUCGUCGGCUCUAUCUGAGCCAUAAAAAGUAGACUUACGAGUUGAAAUUUCGCAAAAAAAUAAGAAAAAAACAUGAGAAUGACACGAAAAAUCGUGAAAAAAACAGAAAAAAGAGGAAUUAAAAGUGUCGAGAAAACCGCCGAGGGAAAAUUGCCAAUUUUUAAUUUUAACUAGCCAAACCUCAAAAAUUUGAUGUUUCACGCUUUGUGUGCGCGUUAACUGAAAUUUCAAUUUUUAUUGUGCUUUCUUCUAUUUUUUGAGAUCUUGUUUUGAAAACUCCAUGAAGCUCCCUUCUCUGUGAAAUUUCCGUCAAAAUCUCCAGGAUUUUUUAUAGACAUGAGAAAAAUUUUGCAGAUGCAACAUGCGAUUUUUCCUGCCGCUGUGCAAGAUCCGGAGGUUCAUCUCCUACCAACUGCCCGACGAAGAAGACGCCUUGCCUUUGGCCAUGUUCACCUGUCCAGUUUGUCGCAACGUCUCCGGAACUGACGCCGAAUCUUGA